UUUAUUUAUUUUGAACCACACAGCAUUGCAUCAGUCUCACCAGAACGCCUAUAUAAAAGAACUUUCUUCUACAAAUUGGAAGUUAUUUAGUAAUUGUCUCGUGCAGGCACAAGGUGGAAAAGAUAAAUAAAAUUUUCAGCCAGAACUGAUAAUAAUUAAGUGUGGUGAAAAACAAUACUGUUCAUGGUGAUUGAAUUAAAAAAAAGCAUAAAAGUGAAAAAUGAAAAUAUCCCAGGAGAUUCUCCAUAUGCCCCAGAAAUCCCUUGAGGACUUCCUGGGCAGGAGAAGGAAACACCGGCUGGAUCAUCUCUCCAAGGAAGAGAAGAUUGAGAGAAAAAAAAUGAAAAAUCGCGUUGCUGCCCAGACUUCUAGAGAUCGCAAGAAAAUGAAGAUGGACAGUAUGGAACAAAAAAUAAAAGAAUUAUCUGAGGAGAAUGAGCAACUUCAGAAGCGCAAUACAUUCUUGGAGGAACGCCUGAAGGAUAUAGAAUCGCGCCUAGGUGUACUAGGCAGUGCUUCAGUGAUCACAGAGUCGGGAAACGUGCUGGAGAAGGUGAUGGCGCUCAACCUUCUCGCAAUCUGCACGAUUCUCUCCCUGUUGUUCACAUCCAGGAGAUCUCUGAUGGAAACUUUAUUGAUGACCCUGAAGAUUCCAUCGAGAAAAGCCCAAGCGCCAGAGAGAUUUCACAUUAUCCUCAAUUGCCUCCAUCGAAAAACUCUCCUCAUGAUCUAAAGAAGAUAUUCAUGGAGCAUUCCUACAAUAAACAUUAUGAGGCUGAGGAAGACUAUCUAGACAUGAAUCUGUCACCGGAUGAUGGAUUUUCUUCCAUCUGCAACUCACUUUCGCCCUUCUCGGAGGCAGAUUGUGAAAUGGAUAUUUGGAAUGAGACUCUAUCUGAGCUCUUUCCCUCCCUAGCUUAAGAUUUUAAUUUAUGAUUAUUUUUUCGUUCGUCCAAUUCAAGGCACUACCUCAUAAACUAAUUAAUUGAUUACGCAUGAUUAUGCUUAUUCUGAUUACCUAUUAUUUAUGCAUUGGAUCAUAAAAGUUCUAAUUUUUUCAGUUUUACAUGUAUGAGCAUUUGUGAAAUUUACAGUACUUGCUAGGACUAUUACAAACAAUAAGAAAAAUAUGGAUCUCGAAUAAAAGUGGAUUGAAUGAGUAAUUCUGUAAAUCAACUUUCAAAACCUUAUUUUGUAAAAUAAAUCAUGAAAUUUAUAAAAUAUUCAAAGGAAAUUUUAUAUUUCUCAAUUUAUGACAUUUCGUAAAAAAACAUAACUUUUAUUUAUCUAUAAAAUUUUGAAACAAUUUAUUUCAUUCCCAUUAAAAGUGAGUGUAAUUUUGUGAGAAUGGAUCAAAUUGAAUUUCAAAUUUGAUUUAAAAAAUACGUGUUUCUCAUUCGUACUAUUUGAAAAAAAAUAGUUUUAUUUGUGUAAAACAAUUUUUUUUAUUAAAGAACAUCCCAGUGAUUGAAAAAUAAAUUUAUUGGGAACUAAA